CUCGCGCCUGCGCGGUGGCCCCGCAACAGCGCCGCGGGCUGGGACUCCUGUGAAGCUCCCCCUAGGAGGUCUCGACGGGUGCUCGCUCCGGCGUUUCGCGACGGUCGCUGGGUCCGGUCCGACGCCCUGCUGAGCCAUGAGCAAGUGCGCGGAGGCGGCGGCGGUGGCGGCCACGGUGCCGGGCGCGGGCAUGGGGAAAGCCGGGCUGCGUCCGUCCAUGGUGCCCCGCCAGGCGUCCUUCUUCCCGCCGCCGGUGCCCAACCCGUUCGUGCAGCAAACACGGAUGGGCGCGGCGAGUCGCCUCCAGAUUUUCUUUCUUGGAAUUAUCCUGCUUCCAAUCCGUGUCUUACUGGUUGCAUUAAUUAUAUUACUGGCAUGGCCAUUUGCUGCAAUUUCAACAGCAUGCUGUCCUGAAAAGCUGACCCAUCCAAUAACUGGUUGGAGGAGGAAAAUUACUCAACCGGUUUUGAAGUUUCUGGGUCAUGCCAUAUUCUUAUCCAUGGGAUUCAUGGUCACCGUGAAAGGAAAGGUGGCGGGUCCUGCGGAGGCACCAAUAUUCGUCGCUGCCCCUCAUUCAACAUUCUUUGAUGGAAUUGCCUGUGUUGUAGCCGGGUUACCUUCCAUGGUGUCUCGAAACGAGAACGCACAGGUCCCUCUGAUUGGCAGACUUUUACGAGCUGUACAGCCAGUGCUGGUGUCCCGUGUAGAUCCGGAUUCUCGAAAAAACACAAUAAAUGAAAUAAUAAGGCGAGCAACAUCAGGAGGACAGUGGCCGCAGAUACUAGUUUUCCCAGAAGGUACUUGUACUAAUCGUUCCUGUUUGAUUACUUUUAAACCAGGGGCCUUCAUUCCAGGGGUUCCCGUGCAGCCGAUCCUCCUUAGGUACCCGAACAAGCUGGAUACCGUGACGUGGACAUGGCAGGGAUAUACAUUCAUUCAGCUCUGUAUGCUCACUUUCUGCCAGCUCUUCACAAAGGUGGAAGUUGAGUUUAUGCCUGUUCAAGUACCAAAUGAUGAAGAAAAAAGCGAUCCCAUCCUUUUUGCCUGUAGAGUCCGGAGUCUAAUGGCAGAAGCUUUGGGAAUUCCAGUAACAGACCACACUUAUGAAGACUGCAGAUUAAUGAUCUCAGCAGGACAGCUAACAUUGCCCAUGGAAGCUGGGCUGGUGGAAUUUACCAAAAUUAGCCGGAAAUUGAAGUUAGAUUGGGAUAGCAUUCGUAAGCAGUUGGACGAGUACGCAACCAUUGCCUGUUGUUCCAAAGGAGGAAGAAUUGGAAUUGACGAAUUUGCAGAGUAUUUAAAGUUGCCUGUUUCAGAUGUCUUGAGACAACUCUUCACACUCUUUGACAGGAACCAUGAUGGCAGCAUUGACUUCCGAGAGUAUGUGAUUGGCCUGGCUGUCCUGUGUAACCCUGCCAACACGGAGGACAUCAUCCAAAUGGCAUUUAAGCUCUUUGAUGUUGAUGAGGACGGCUUCAUCACAGAGGAAGAGUUUUCCACCAUUUUGCAGGCCUCCCUUGGGGUGCCCGACCUGGAUGUUUCCGGUCUCUUCAAGGAAAUAGCCCAGGGGGAUUCUGUUUCGUAUGAGGAAUUUAAAAGUUUUGCCCUAAAGCAUCCACAAUAUGCGAAGAUAUUUACAACCUACUUAGACCUCCAGACGUGCCAUGUGUUUUCAUUACCAAAAGAAGCCCAGGCAGCUCCCUUGAUCGCCAGCAAUAAAGUCAGUCCCGAAAAUCACGACGAGAGCACCUCAGACAAAAAGGAUGAUUAAAAGCAAAUAUUCACAAGGAAAGUCAUUUACUUGAAGUUGUAAAGGCAUUUAUUGAUAGCGUUUUCAGUGUGAUUUUUGAGUAAUGAUGAUGUUUAAAAUGGAAAGCUUUUUUGAAAUAAAAAUGAUAGAUUUUUUUAUUAAAAGGCUUUUGUUCUUAUACGUAUAUGAAGUAAUAUACGUAUGAAGGGAAUACGUAUAUUCCCUUUCUUUUAUGUUGUGCUGUGCUGGUUGGUUUACUGGUGAUAAAUACGUUUUUAUGGAUUUCCCAGCUUAAUUUGCAUAUGCAAAUGAAUGCAAUGGUCUCACUUAUUUACUGAUGAGUGCUAAUCAACACUGUAAAAAGUCUUAAAGAGGGUAAACACUUUUUAAACCUACUUCCCUCUAAAGAAAUGAGGUAAUGUUGUUAUCUCGAAUCCCUUCCCGUUCUGGAAAUGAGUGAGAAGUCUAAGGAACAUUGUGGAAUUUUAUGCCUUUAACUUCACAGAUGCAUUAUUUCUAUUUCCAAUUCAGUUUCUUGGAUCACUGAAUUUGCUGGAUUGGAAGGGAGGGAGAGCUUCGUUAAUUCAGUGAGCCUUCUUAAAACCCAUAUUCUCUCUCUUGCACCUUUAUGGAAGAUUUCCUUAACCGCCUGCUAAGGAAAUUAUACCAUUUUGCAUGACCUACAGUUUAGAACCUUGUUUUAAAGACCCAGGCUACGGCCAAAGGCCAAGUGGGAAUUGCCUUAUUGCAGGUAACCUUAAUUACCUGCUGAGAAAAUGAAUCAUUUGCCACAGGGUCUAGUUUGAGUUGCAUAGUUCAGAAUGUAGGGCUUGCCCACUAAAUGAGUCAGAUCUGCCUUCCUUAUAUAGUAUUAGAAUUGACAUAUUUUACAAUCCAAGUGGGAUGGUAAGUGUCCUCACAAAUUUUACAGCUUGUCUGAGAUGUCUACAGGGAAAACACAAAGGGUUCCAAAAUAUCGAAAGUUAGGGAAUCUGAAAACUUACUUUAUUAGUGUAAAGAAUUUAACCCCCAUGCGGGAAUCUGGCAGUGACAUCUUUCCUUUAGGUUAGGCAGCAACUUCCUUCAAGUGCCAUUUUGAUUGGAUGUCAUGCAUCCUACAUAUGGUUAAUAUCGCCUGUGUUUGAAAUUUUGAACGAAGACCCAGUUACUAUAAUGUACAAAAAUAGUUGGCUCACUUCUGAAUUCUGUCUUUGAAUCCAGUCUCUUUGUUUGGGCUGUGUUUCCGAAUAUAUUGGCGAUUUACCCCCGAACUCAUUUUUUAAUGCCAUUAUUGAAGUUGGAAAGCCUCACGAGAGGUGGGUGAUCAUUUCAAGCCGGUUUUACACAUGAAGCAGUUGGUGCUCUAAGUGAAUGAGUACAUUCGGAGCAUCGCUUCCCGAAAUGUUUUAUACUUAAGCACGUAUGAUCGUUUGCUUUUUCACAUGCCUUAAAGCUGCUUAGACAAAGUAUUGAAUGAGCUGGAAAGCAUUACUUAAGUAAUUAGAAAAGUAUCUGUCCCGAAUAGUGUCUGAGUGUGCGAUAGAAUGCAUGUACUACUCAGGUACCACGAUCGCUGUUUAUCAUAGAAAGGCUGCAUAUUACUCCUAUUAGUUACGAAAAAGUAGCAUUAAAAAUGGAGAGUUUCCUAUGAGCCUCCUGAAAACGAUCCCACUGUUUUCCCAUUUUAAGCUAAUAUUUUGUGCUCCUUAAGUCCACCUCUGCCAAUGUAAUAUCCCUAUUUUAUUAUGUUACUGAAUAAAUAAACUUGCUACGUAAA